AUGGCAGCCGCAGCGGACGUAGUGCCUAUCUCUCCAGGUCUCUAUGGUUCUCUUAAGGACCAUUUGCCGGAAGGCCUCGGACAAAAUGGCGGCAGUAUUUCCCCAGAUCACAUCGACCUGCUCCGUCCGACUCCUUCUUCACUUCCUAUGGAGGAGAUGAGAGAGCGUAUCAAGCAAGAUGGAUACUUGUUUGUCAAGGGAUUGAUACCUAGAGAGGAUGUACUGGAUGCGAGAGAGAACUAUUUUAGCCAGUAUUCAGUAAGCUCGCUUUUGGAGCCCGGAUCAUCUCCACGGGACGGCAUUUUCAACUCAACCUCCCAUCCCGACGCUCACAAAGGGAUCGGCGGUGCGGGUCUACCCACCGACCCCGUGGAACGCAGGAUUCUUGUUGAUGCUCAUUCGAAACCGAAUUACCGUGACUUUGUGGAACAUCCGGCUUUGACUGGGUUCAUCAGAGAAUUUAUGGAUUGGAAAGAGCAUCGCAUUCUGGAUCGCACGAUGCUACGACAUAAUGUCCCAUUUGGAUUGGGGACCGGUAUCCAUUACGAUAAGCUGUUCUUGAGAGGAGGCAAAGGCUACUUUUUGACUGCUUGGGUGCCUAUCGGUGACAUCGCUAUCAAUGGAGGCGGUCUUUGCUACCUCGAGAACUCCGUUCCUCUCGGACACCAUAUCGAAGAGGACUUCAAUAAACGUGCCCAACAUUUCACAAAAGAACAGCGCAUCUCUGCGUUUAAUGUCAAUAUGCUGGACGGCGGUAUGAUAUCCUCUUCCCCACAGGAUUUCCAAGCCGCCCACUCUGCUUUUGGUACUCACAAGUGGCUUGUCACCAAUUACGAAGCUGGAGAUGUGGUAUUCCAUGACCCGUACAGCAUCCACGCCAGUGGACGCAAUGAGGAUCCGGCGGGACGAAUCCGGCUGAGUACGGACCUGCGAUUCUAUGAGAAGGAUGAGCUGGGUAUUGAUCAGAGAUGGCUCAAGAUCUGGUCUCCUGGUGACGGACUUUGA